AUGGUGAGGAACAGAAUGCAAGCUUCUCAGAGUAGGCAGAAGGCUUACACUGACCGUAGGAGGAGACCUUUAGAGUUUGCGGCUGGGGAUCAUGCGUUCUUGAGGCUGAGAAAGUAUGUGUUCGAUCCAGCUCAUGUAUUGGAAGCCGAGGAUAUACAGAUCAGAGAGGACCUCACGGUGGAAGUGCCACCUAUUGCUUUAGAGGAUAGCAAAGUUGAGGAACGCCGAGGAAAAGCAGUCAAUCUUGUCAAAGUCAUCUGGGAUCGGAGGAUAGAUGAUUUGACUUGGGAGUUGGAGGAGGAUAUGAGGAAAUCACACCCACAUCUGUUUACCUAG